UGACUAGUAUUACAUUAUUUACCGGUAUUUUUAAUAGAAAUCAUGUAUUCUUUCUCUACUACCUCUAAAAUAAGACAGUUCAGGUUUGUGAAUGACAGGUGUAACGGUGCUAGAUUGUCGUACUCAGCUUCUUAUAUUCGCCUAUUUCAGACUAAAAACCAUCGCACCCAUAAAACUAACGAUACCCAUUUCUAGUUAUUGCUAAAAAUGUUAAUUAUAGAGUUUUUUUUACAAUCAUUAUGCGUUAGAAAUAGGAAAAUCAAGUGUGGUGAGUACGAUAAUGUGGCAUGCUUGGACAGAUGGACUUUGUUUACACUUGAGGAAUUCUUCGCGGGAAAAAGGGCGGCCGAGGAGCAGGAUGGGGUGUGUCCAGAGCUCCGGGCGUGACGAGGCGGCGGAGAAGGAUCAGGAGGAGCCCAAAGCUUACUCAUGAAAGGAACAAUUUUAUGAACUGCUUGAUAUGUGCUUUAAGAUACCCCAAACCUGAGGGACAAAAAGGACAGAGUUGACCCAGCUGACUUCACGCUAGAGGGCCUGAUGGGGCAGGAGGCAGGAAGGACUCCCGGCACCAUCAACGGUCAGCAAUUCAUCGUUCAGAACUGUCACUCAUCACAGAUCUUCCUCCUGGACCACAUCAACACCAUUACCAUUGACGACUGCUGUGACUGCAUCAUCUUCAUCGGACCCACCACUGGCAGUGUGUUUAUUAGAGACUGUCGGGAGUGUGUAGUGGUGGGUGCAUGCGGGCAGUUCAGAACACGGGACUGCAGCCGACUUGAGGUGUAUUUGCUGUGCCAGACUCAGCCAAUCAUUGAGGCCUCGAGUAAGAUGAAGUUUGGAUGCUUUCAGGCUUUUUAUCCCCAACUCAGAGAUCAGUUCAGUAAGGCUGGCCUGAGUCUUUUCAACAACAACUGGUCCAAUGUGUACGACUUCACACCAGUGGAAGGAGAGACCAACUGGAGUUGUGUGUCCCAGCCAACUGCCCUGCCAGCAUCCCUUCCAUUGCCCAGGACUCAGCCCCUAGCCAGUGUGGGUCUGAGUGUGGAAGAAGAGGCCAGUAUAGUUCCCUACACGCUGGGUUCACCACUCUACCAUGGCCAGGAAGCUGCCCUUGUCAUCGUCUUUCAUGACAAUGACCAGCAACAGAAGGCCACAACCUUCAUUGCUGUUCUCAGGGACAGAGUUGAGGACUGCCGGAUCCAACACAGCCGGGAGGUGAAAAUGGAGGCUGUGGAUGCUGUGCGUGUGUUUGGGGACAGUGAUCACAAGGCUGCAGCGACUCGAGGUCCUGUCAUUGCCUUGCUCUGCGUGGGCACGGGCAUACACCAAGCAUGCACUUCUUUGGCUGGUGAUGUGAGUAUUUAUGUCACUCCAAACUCCAACACAGGACUCAGGCAAAUUGAGGCCUUCUUCUCCUAUGCCUCCAUGAGCAUGACCAUGUAAAUCUCCUGCACCUGCCUGCCACCGAUAGGCCAUGGAUGUGCAUCUGAGGCUUGGCUGCCAGUGUUGGUUGCUGGCACUGCUGGGAACUCCUAAGCUGGGAGUUGAGUAGUUUUUCUUUUUCUAUGUAUACUCUGCCUGAUGAAGUGGACCAGCUUUUUGGGGUAAAACGUUUUGAGUAUAUAGGUAUGUGAUUAUAUAUUAAGUAAAGAUAUUAGUUAUUUGGUAAUGAGUAAUUUAUUCCCUGGAAGGUGUAGAUGCUAAUUGUAGAAGCUGUGAGUUCCAGCCAUAUUGUAGACUCAAGAGAUUUUACUUGUUUGUUAAGUAACUAACAAUGUUUUUUUUGUAAUGUUCAGAAUAUGUAGACACAGUACCUGUAGAAAUUUCAAUUUUUGCAUAGCAUUUGACAUUUGUUUAAUAAUAUUGUUUCAUUUUGCAUAUCAUCAAAUUCAAGUACAUAUAUAAUUGAUUAUGUGCAAUUUAUACAUUUUACAUGCUUUUAUAUAUUUUUAUAUUAAAAAAUAAUAUUAAAUAGGUUUAUAAAGACACUCAGUAAGUCUGUACAACUCUGUUUUGUAGCAUCAUGGGGUGCAAGCAGCUGGGAUGGCUGAGCUGUAUUUAUAUUGAUUUAAUUUCAUCAUAAUAACUGUAGCUUAGGAAGGAGACUAGAAUAACUUCUAUAGGAAUAGUUUCUGGUUUAUUCACAUGAUUGAUGCUAAGUCACUGAGGGACUGAACAACUUGUCAUUGAUUUUACAGUGUGUGCAACAUUUAUCAGUUGAUAAUCAUCGGCUUCAGAGUUAUUGUUUAUGAGUAUGUUGCAUGGAUGACUAAAUGUUUGUGACACCAUACACUGAGGUAGAUGAUAGGAGUAAGAGCAUCUAAGUGAGAUGAAACAACCAAGAUAAGUGACAGCUUCACUAUAUAUGGAGGCUGCUGCUGUUGCUGGGACACAUCAUUAGGCACUCACAGUCAGAGCACCUUUAAUGAAGAGUAGACAGUUCAUUUUGAAUCUUUAAAUCGGAUGGUUGUCACUCUCUUGUGUGAAUAGGGGGACCAACUAGAUUUGUGUAGCAGGUCUGUUUUCUUGAGUAGUCUGUAGGCAGUGGUAACCUUGGUGUCUGUAGUGUGCUGUUUUUUUGUGUUGAAGUCUUAGCACAACUUUGUACAAGCUAAUCUUUUCUAGUCAGUGUGUUUUUACAUGAAAGUCAUGUGGAUUUUAAUAUAAUGCUAGUCAGAUUGAUCAAACUAGAAGAAUGAAAGCAAUGGUUUGAUUUUGAAAGUGUGUGUGUGUGUGUGUGUGUGUGUGUGUGUGUGUGUGUGUGUGUGUUCAAAUAUUCUUUAUUUUUGCAUGGUUGAGUCAAUCUCAAUGUUUCAUGCAUUAACUAAUUUUUAUCAUAUUGUUUGUGUUCUUUUCGCACACAACUGACUUUGGUAAAACGAAACGGGACGUUACGUAACUUUCGGGGAUGACAAGUUCGCCAGUCCCGCGAGGACGGAGUGUGCUUACGUGCCUGACCGUGACUGUCGCUCCCCCGCGUAGGAUGGACUUUAUUUGCCCACAUCAUUUCAUGCAAUUGCUUCAUCGUUCUUAUCAACCAGUCACUUAGGUCUUAAUUGUGCGCAAUAUUUGUUCCUUAUCAUAAAGCUUACAAUCAUGGUUCGUGACUAACAUUUCCGGGACGAUAUGUCAUGUGUGUCCGGUGCGGCGGUACUCGAGUAUUCCUUUUGCUUGUUGGCGUACCGCACCGCACCACACCCCGCGCUUCCUUUUCCAUACUUCUGCCGACCAUAGCAAGCAAUCACUCAAGAGGUUUACAUUUUAUCAAAGUAUUUCCCCAUUCUUAUUUAGCGUAUGCUUCUUAGGGUGCUAAUUUGUAAGUAUUACCGCAGCACGCGUUGGGGAAAUGUUACGCACGCGAGGGAAUUUAUAAUGAAACCCGACCUAUAUAACGUAUUUUUUUUAAUUAUAUUUUGUUUUGCAGAUUAUAUUCGUUACAUGGCAGACCCGACUAUGUGGCAGCUGUUCAUUGUGAUAUGUCAAGCUAGCAUUACCUGCUUAAUAUUAUGUGACUUAAGUUUCGCAGGUGUAUCGGCUACAGUUAAUGCUUUUCGUCGUUCCGUGGUUUGUAAGCGUGCAUCAUUUGGCGACAAGUGCAUGAAUGAACUCCUUGUCACUUUGAGCCACUCGUAAUCCGUCCAGUGUCUAACACGUCUCAGAGGAUUUAUAUUUUACCCGUAGAUGUACCUACUCACCUGCACUGUGAUAUCGAUAUGCUGCUAAUGACCUUUAGAGCGUGUCCGUUUUCUUAUAAGGCAACGUUCUUUAUUACUAUUAAAUAUCCGUCCAAC